AUGCGAACCAGUCCUGUCGGUGAAAGAAAACCAGAAACGUAUAAUGAUCCAACUUAAGUUGGAGAAUUCAUCAUCAUUUUACUGUUUUAGUUGAUAGCCUUCGAAGUACUAGUUGGCUCAUGCCUCAUAUCAAGAGAGGUUGUUACUUUUCCCUUUCCGGUUUUUGCAGAAAUUCUAAAAACGCAUUAACCUAAAAAAGAUAACCUGUUAAACAGUGGCAUAGUAUAUGGUCCUGGAGAUCUGCUAAGUACAAAUUAAAUAUAAAAGGACCUAAUAUGGAGCAUUGCGGGACGACAGACACUACCUAUUCUUUGUCCUAGAUCACAGCUGGUGAAAUGACGAUGGAUUCCCGAAAAAAAACAUAUAUCUAUGUUACGUGUAUACUUUAUCGUUAUUUCCCACGUACCACAAUUGUAUCUCUGUGUUUUCCAUCAAAAGGCAAGAAUUUCCUGAUGCAAACUUCGAAACCUUCAGAAUUUACAUUCUCCAACCAUACAUAAACAGCAUCAGUUGGCUUUGUACUGCGGCCGUACUUUGCGGAAACAAACACGUACGGCUUAGAGGCAAAGCUCUGGAAGACAAAAUACGAGGUGAAAUGAGCCUAUGGACAAUGAAAUGGACGUAGAUUGACUGAAAUUUCAUCCAUCUAUUAAUCCGGGACAGAGGCCUUGGUUUUGACAACGUUAACAAGGGCGGAUUUAGGGGUGGGCCCAGGAGGCCCAGGCCCCCCUUUUUGUGGGGGUAUUUUUUUCUUUUGUAAACGUGUGUCGGGUGGUACGUCGAGUUUUGUUACUUAACUAUAUUUUCUUUAAUAAACGUUGUUGAAAAGAAAAUUCAUCGAACGUUGUUCGAGUCAACCGCCCUUAAGAUGCUACUGAUACCUGCCAACUUGCAGAAGUUUUAAAAGUCUUCUCAAAAGAAAGUUAUUCGUCACUAUUUGCCCGAUCUUCCAUUGCCAAGCAGUGCGUCUCAGGAGCCAGAGCUGUGGAAGCGCUUUUGGUAUGGCAAUCAUAUUUCAAAUCUACUAAGAAUACAGCACAGUUUCACUAAGUUUAUAUGUACUCAUGUACAUGGUUAUGAAACGUUUUUUCAGUGAUACGCGAAGGAAACCAUUUCUGUCUUGCGAUAUAUGUAAGUGGUUGCUUUCAUUUUCAGGAUCAAUAGAACCGAAAAACCCUCCAUUUUACAAGAAGAAUUGGCAGCCUGCAACAAAGGCCUAUACUCCAAACUCCACACAAUUUUGCGGCUCCUAAUGAUCGGCCCUGUCCCAAGUGCAACUGUGGAAGGUAGCAACUCGUCACUGCGCUUUGUAAAGAGUUGUUUUGGAAGCACCAUGAGAGAAGACCGCCUUAACGCACUAUCGCUGCUCUUUAUUUACAAGGACGUUGCUCUGGAUUAUGAUGUAAUUAUUGACGACUAUGCCAAGCGCAACAAGAGAAGGAUGACAUUUAUCAAUCCCAUGCAAUGA